AUGGAAUCCAGAGCCAAUGACGCCGCACCACGUGUGCAGAUCUACCCCCAGCACACAGACUGCGUCUCGGAUUUUAUGCGAGGCAAGUACGAGAGGGAGGCGCGGCGCUACUGGGAUCUCUUCUACAAGCGCAAUGGCGAGCGGGUGAGCGCGUCGCACAUGGCACACAGCGCCUGCCACUUCCACUGCCGCCACUGCUGCGCUCGCGUCGCUUUACGCCCCCACUGCAUCCUCCCCCCCGCCAUUCCCUCCCCCCCGCCAUUCCCUCCCCCCCGCCAUUCCCUUCCCCCGUCACUGCCUUCCCCUCACCCACUGCCAAAGCCCCCCGCUCUACGCAUUGCUCAUGGUGCUGGAGGUGAGGCGAGUGGUGCUGGAGGUGAGGCGAGUGGUGCUGGAGGUGAGGCGAGUGGUGCUGGAGGUGAGGCGAGUGGUGCUGGAGGUGAGGCGAGUGGUGCUGGAGGUGAGGCGAGUGGUGCUGGAGGUGAGGCGAGUGGUGCUGGAGGUGAGGCGAGUGGUGCUGGAGGUGAGGCGAGUGGUGCUGGAGGUGAGGCGAGUGGUGCUGGAGGUGAGGCGAGUGGUGCUGGAGGUGAGGCGAGUGGUGCUGGAGGUGAGGCGAGUGGUGCUGGAGGUGAGGCGAGUGGUGCUGGAGGUGAGGCGAGUGGUGCUGGAGGUGAGGCGAGUGGUGCUGGAGGUGAGGCGAGUGGUGCUGGAGGUGAGGCGAGUGGUGCUGGAGGUGAGGCGAGUGGUGCUGGAGGUGAGGCGAGUGGUGCUGGAGGUGAGGCGAGUGGUGCUGGAGGUGAGGCGAGUGGUGCUGGAGGUGAGGCGAGUGGUGCUGGAGGUGAGGCGAGUGGUGCUGGAGGUGAGGCGAGUGGUGCUGGAGGUGAGGCGAGUGGUGCUGGAGGUGAGGCGAGUGGUGCUGGAGGUGAGGCGAGUGGUGUGAGUGUGGAAGGGUGA